CUUGUUUAUUUUCCGCGAGCUCCCAGAAUUCCGUAGACCCUCUCCUGCUGCGUGCGUCCCCAAAUCAGGAGUCCUCCCAACCCUCGCCACCGGCGCCGUCCGCCCCAUCUCCGACGCCGCCUCCCCCCGAAGCGAAGCAGGACUAGGGUAUCAGUAUCAGAGAUGGAUACAUCAGGACCUGCAGCAUUCGUCAAUGGAGAGAUUCUGAAGAUGUUCGUCGGCCGAAGAGUGCGCACGGUGGUCCAAGCCCAGCGCGAGGAAGGCGGGUUGCUUAUCGGGCAGUCCACCGAUGGUCAUCAGCUAACCAUCAAAGGGGCCUCCGGUGCCCCUAUGUCGCACUAUGUGGAGAUUAUUGGGAUCGCUGAACCCAAUCAGGCCAUCCGGGCUGAAGUUUGCACAGAUUUUGGUGAAAACUUCGAUCCUGCACCAUUCAAUGGACUGUGCAAGCUUGCGAAUGGCCAGAUGAAGGAUUUGUUCCUGUAGAGGUCGGCAUCACAUACAAGACAUUCUGCCAACAAAGCAUGUCUCAUGUUCAUGAUUUCUCUAGCUUUAAGAUCCGUCCAACUGUUUUUGUCAGUCAUCUCAGUAUAAUCAAGCUACUUAGGGUCAGUAUUGGUGCUUAUUAAGACAUAUUAACCUUAAGCUAUGUGAGGACAAGCGUGUGCUUUUGUUGCUGAAGAGCUUGUGGUGUUUGCUCCUUCUAAGCAAAGCAAACCAAAGCGUUGUGCUGCAUUGUUACUGUCGCUUGCAUUUGGAUCCUUGAAAGCUGUGUUUCUUGUUAUGCUCUCCGGUGCAUCUUGAUGAAGUGAGCUAGUAUGAUGCUUUCUGAUGAA